AUGCUCGAGUUUCUUGUACGAAGCCUCCCAGCCUUCUAUAUAUUCUAUCGAUGGGAGAUACAGUAUGAACCAGUUCCUCAGUUCUACCAGCGGCAGCAAUGGUACGAUCUGCACUUCUUUAAAGGGUCAACCGCCAAAACUGGCUUCUCGUACGAAAUCCAACUGUAUUGGACCGACCACGUCUUCGAAGUCAUUAGAUUGAACACGAAAAAAAAGACCCAUUCAGGAAGAUCCGGAAGCGUGCGUUACGCUAAGCUCCAGGGCGUGGGUGAGAACUCUAUAAUCGAGUGGGCCAUUCAAAUCAAGAUAGUAUAA